CUACAGCAUACAGCCCCCUAGGUUGUCCGUCGGCUUCGCCUGGCUGCCUCUUGUGUCCGCCUGGUGGUUGGACGAUUCCGCCGAGGGACAGGAGGAAGAAGCAGCAGCCAGCAGGUGCUGGCGCCGAUGGAUGGAUGGCGGUGAGGUGACCCGGCAAUUUCUCCCCGGCGUCUCCUCUCCUCCACAAACGUAGUGAGGAUUGCGAUCGCUCCUCCGAUCCGAUCCAUAUAUGGCUAUAUAGUGGAAGGAACAAGUCGAGGAGAAGAGCUAAUUAUAUUAACGCGUACUGCGUGGGAGGCAGGGGGCAAGUAAUUUUAAUUAAGAGAGGGAGAGAGGACGUACAGCAGAUCGACGCCGGCCGAGUCGACGACGACAAUGGCGGAGGCGGCGGACAUGGAGCGGAUCUUCAAGCGGUUCGACACCAACGGCGACGGCAAGAUCUCGCUGUCGGAGCUGACGGAGGCGCUGCGGACGCUGGGGUCCACCUCCGCCGACGAGGUGCAGCGCAUGAUGACCGAGAUCGACACCGACGGCGACGGCUGCAUCGACUUCAACGAGUUUAUCACCUUCUGCAACGCCAACCCGGGGCUCAUGAAGGACGUCGCAAAGGUCUUCUGAUGAUAUGAUCAUUCAACACAUACCUGCUGAUCAUGCAUCCUACAACAAUCAAAGAUGGAGUCACCUAUACCUAUCAUCGUCGUCGCUCCAUCAGCUGGCUCGCCGAUCAUACAUAUAUAUCGUCUUUGAUUAAUUAUUUCAUCCAUCGUCAUUUAAUUUGGGGUGGUUUAUUUACUAACUUAAGCAGUACUGCUAGCUAGUACGAUCGAGCUAGCUCCAUCAGUUUUGUUAUUCUGAUGACGAGUCUCGUUUUUUUUUUCAUCGACCUUGUUGGCUUCGAUUCCAAUAUAUAUGGACGACUUUUCUUUUCUUUUCUUUUUCCCGUUCAUAUGAUAUAUAUGCCUCCGAUAAUUCCUUAAGUAAAUUGUACUGCCUCAGCAGCUGGGCCGGCUAUGUAAUUGAUUGGAGAAACGAACCAUCUGCAUCCUAAGCAAAGUAUGCAUGCAUGUUUUCAUUAAUGGAGUUUGAUUAUUGUU